AUGGAUGUGAAUGGGGUGGUCGUUCAACGGAUCCUGGUGGAUACCGAGAGUAGUGUCAACGUGCUAUACCUUGAGACCUUCACCAAAAUGGGACUAACCCGAGAGCAAUUGAAUCCUUUCAAAACACCACUCGCCGGCUUCACAAGCGACUCGGUGGAAGCAGAAGGAUCCAUCACUCUACCGGUAGAAAUCGGCAGCUAUCCCGACGUACAGAAGCUAGACAUGAAAUUCAUUGUGGUCGAUGUGACCUGUUCACAUAACGCCAUACUCGGACGGCCAGGCCUAGAGGAUUUGGGAGCAUUGAUAUCCACCGAGCACCUCUGCUUAAAGUUCCGCACGUCGAGUGGGAUAGGUACGGUUCGCUGCGACAGGAUAGUUGCCCGCGAUUGCUAUCUGCAAGCCUGCAGAGGCAUGGGUAAACGUGAGAUGCAGGUCCAUGAGAUCACAGAAAGACCUCUGAAGAAAGUAAUGAUACCCCGCCCGGAGCCGGCCGUGGAGUUAGAAGAGAUCGAGAUCGACCCCAGACGACCAGAAAGGCGGGUCCAGAUUGGCAUCGGCCUCCCGGAGGAGAUACGGGAGGGAGUCAUAAAAGUACUUCGAGAGAAUCGGUUGGUCUUCGCUUGGGGGCCAGAGGAUAUGCCGGGAGUCGACGGAUCUAUCAUUGCUCACCGACUCGCCGUAGACCCCGACCACCGACCGGUCGUACAGAAGAAGCGUUACUUGGCUAACGAUAGGAGGGAGUUUGUGAAAAAGGAGGUAAACACACUGCUAGCUGCGGGUCAUAUCCGAGAAGUCAAAUACCCAGAAUGGUUGGCGAACGUGGUACUUGUACCGAAACCCCCUGUCUGGCGAAUGUGCGUGGAUUAUACCGACCUCAACAAGGCCUGUCCGAAGGAUCCAUUUCCAUUACCCUGGAUCGAUCAACUAGUCGACGAGACAGCGGGGUCGGCUUUGCUGAGUUUUAUGGAUGCUUUCAGGGGGUAUCAUCAGAUCUUCAUGUAUCAAGCAGACGAGGAGAAGACCGCGUUCUUAACGCCGGAUGGGGUGUAUUGUUACCGAGUCAUGCCCUUCGGGCUCAAAAACGCGGGGGCUACGUACACUCGGAUGGUCGCCCGACUGUUCCAAGAUCUACUAGGAAAAUCCAUGGCGGCCUACGUGGACGACAUGCUGGUUAAAAGCCGAGAAGAAACCAACCAUGCGGAGGAUCUGGCCGACUGCUUCUAG